UGCUGGCAAUGCGCCCAGGGCGCACGGAACGGGGCUCCCCAUUCCUGCGGCUUGCCGGGGAAAGGAGGCGGCGCAGGAGGGGCAGGCGGCCAGGAGGAGGCGGAGCUGGAGGCGGAACUCCCCCAGGGAGGGGAGGCCGGUAAGAGGCGUCUGUGAAAGUCCCUAGUAUUCAGCUGAGCUGACGGGGAAGUCCCGGCUUCCUUCCUCUGCCGCGGAGGGUGGGCGAAGCGGGUGUCACCGCCGCCACUCGGGAUUCACUCGAGGGCGCCCACGGGGCACUGAGGGCGCUGCCUGCCCACCCGGGGCAUACCUUUGGCGGCAAGGGGCUCCUGCCUCGAGAGCGAGCGAAGAUGACUUGGCGGCGGGCGGAGAGGCGCGGCGGCGGGGCGCGGCGGCUGCCUUGGUGACUCUUCCCAGGAAUCCAGCCGGGGCGGCGACCUGAGCGCGCCCCCUUCCCCACCGCUCUCCGAAAAGACGGGCUGCCGGGUUCCUCCUCCUCCUCCUCCUCGGGAGAGGAUGACACCUCACCCACUCUCCGCGCCCUGUGAAGGAAGCAGCCAGGUGUGAUCACAUGGCAUCUCCAUGGUGGUGGCGGCAGCCGUGAGUGAGGUCCGCAGCUUCUGCAGAACAGGUCGCCUGUGAGACUUGGAGAGUGGCCCUCAUUCCCGAAAGCUACCUGGACAGACCCGACGCGGAGGCGUGAUUUGGGCGGGGGACCCUCCAGAGCCAAGAGGGGAGUUUCUCUUGCCAGGAUGCUGGACUGAUGGUGACCUCCUCCCACUCCUCCAGCAGCAAGGAAAGCAGACCAGGUGGGCUGCCCCAGCUCUGGAGCUGAAGGACCUUGGAGGCCUGUCACCUGCGGGGACCACUCCCUCAGCAUGGCUGGAGAGCUGCCGGUGGACUUGAGAACCUGGCGGAAAGGAGAGGGCCAAGGCAGAGGGGCCCCUCCCGCUGGAGGAACCGCUUCUCCCAAAGACAGCUGGAGACAGUUGCCCGAGGGGGAGGGCUCUCCGGGCACCGGGGCCCCCCUGGCCCCUAGGCACAAGCCCCCUGGAGAGCAGGAGGGGGCACAGAGUGCCAGGCUUGGCCAGUUUGGCCCGGGAGCUGUCCCACCAGGGACGUGGAGUACGGCUUCUCCCCAGGCAGGGCUGGAAGGGGAGAAGAAGGCCGAGACCUGUUUGCCCCUCCGGAAGCGCCGCUCUGUCAUGCAGGGGGUGGAUGGGGGCACGCAGGGGCCGCUGGCUGGCAAGGUCCCCAAGACAGAGAGCAGUGCGGGGGAGGCGGAGCCAUGGGGCCCGCACUGCAAUGGCUACUGUGGCCCUUAUAUCUCUGUGGCCUAUCCCAGACUGCCCGCUACCUAUUAUCCAGGUCUGCCCGGCUCUUUCCUGAGCCCCGAGCUGUCUCCGAUCUUGCACCCCGUGGCCCCCCACCCUUUGCUGGGCGUCCCCAUGCCUUACUCCCUGCUCUGCCCAGCAGAGGCCCAGCUGGCCUUCAACAUCGCCACAGCAACCAAACAAGACGAGGAUGGAGACACGCCCCUCCACAUUGCUGUGGUUCAAGGAAACCUGCUCGUGGCCCGGCGUCUGGUUGCUCUCUUUCACCAGGGACAGCGGGACUUAGACAUCUUCAACAACCUGCGGCAGACUCCCUUGCACCUUGCGGUCAUCACAGCUCAGCAGUCCCUGGUGAAGCUGCUGCUGUCCCACGGAGCGUCGCCGAUGGUGCUGGACCGGAAUGGGCAGACGGCCCUGCAUCUCGCUUGUGAACACGGCAGCCUGCACUGCCUUCAGGAGCUGCUGGGUGGGAGCCCCGCCCCGUUGGACCUGGAGGCCCGUAACUUUGAGGGUUUUACCCCGCUCCAUGUGGCCGUCGGCUCUUCUAAUCGUGACAUAAUCCUCACUCUGCUGGAGCGUGGGGCCGAUGUAGAUGCUGUGGAUAUUAAGAGUGGGAGGUCUCCCCUGCUGCAUGCUGUGGAGAACAACAAUCUGGAGAUGGUGGAGCUCCUCCUGCAGCACGGAGCGAAUGUGAAUGCCCAGUCCUAUGGAGGGAAUACAGCUCUCCACGCGGCCAGUGGACGGGGCCUCCUAGAGACACUGAGGCUUCUGGUGCGGAACGGAGCAGACAGCAGCCUCAAGAACUACCACAAUGACACCCCACUGAUGGUGGCCAAGAAUAAAAGGGUGAUCGACAUCCUGCGAGGAAAAGCCUCCCGUCCUGGCCCAAUGCCUGACAAUGUCCGUGAGGGUUCAUCCCCGGCAACCAGCACUGCCAGUUCUCCCGGGAUCCGGCCUACCCACGCUAGCUUGCUGCGUGCCUCGCCCGAUUCCUGCCCCACCACUCCCAGCCCUGCCCGGACCCCGAAGCCCCACAGGGCCAUGCAGUCCCCCAACUCGAUCGGCCAGAAACCCGAAAGCAUUACCAAUGGCCCCUUGCCCGGAGUGAAACUGGAAAAAAGCCCCUCUCCGCCCCUGCUGGAGCAGCCAAUGGGCUUCUCCGGGGCACCCACGUUCUUCCUGCCGUUGGCUGAGAGUAUGAUGGACCCCGCCUUCCCGGCCACCCUCUACCCUUUCCCUGCUUCUGGCCGCAGCCCCUCCCACCAUCACCUCCAGCUGUUUCACCCGCCCCCCCUCUCCCUGAAUCAUUCCAUGAUCCCUCAGCCGCCGGAGUCUCUAGCCAAUCGGAUUCACCCAAGAGGCGGAGGGGUGGACCCAUCACAGACACUACUGAACUCUGAGCACCCACCAGCUGCCGACCACGGAGGGCCGUGGCUGCCCAGCAGGGACAGUGGGCCAGGUGGCAGCUGACAGGAGGAGGAGGAGACCGAGAGACGUCCAUCCGCUUCCUGCCGUGGGGAGAGGCCCGAACCGUGCCGUGCUUCUCCACCCAACAGGGCCAGGCGGUGUGUCGCCAAGGGGCUCAGCCUCUGCUGCUACAGGUUCUCAACGAGAUGGGCGCCCGUUUGCUGCUGAUCGGAUCCAGAAGCCUGCGCGUCUCGCAGACUUUGCCUACCCCUCGCCUUUGUGUGUAGCCACGCAAGACAAGUCGGAGACGGUGCCUCACACGUUCCAAACCAGUGCUAUACUGGUGGGUGUGACCCCAGAAGCAGCUCCCACCAGCGUCCCCUUCCAUUUUUUCCCCUCCCGUGUGCAGAAUGAGAUUUGUUCUGGGUGGCAGUGUCAUGGCAAAUGUCUGCACACAGGCAUUCAGAGCGGGGCCUUCCUGAAUUCAACCUGAGUGGGAUUUAAAGUUAACUGAGUGGACAUUCUCUUUUUUUAAAAAAAGAACUUGUGUGCACACAUGCACGCACACGCCUCAAAGGGCACACUGGUCCCCACCUAACUACAGCUCUGACCAUCUUCCGUCUCUCCAGUUUGGGGGCAACUGCCUUGCAAGCCUGUAAGGCCACACUUUUAAAGAGAGGGAGCAGCAAGGGUGGAACCAGAAGCACCCUCCCCUUCAGGUGGCCGAAGAACCACACAAAGAUGGCAACGCCGGAAGCAGUGGCCGGAGCAACAGAGCUGUUUCGGCAUGCCCUCUAGAGAAGGAGUCCUGAAUUGCACAGCCAUUCACAAGUAGCCUCUGUGGCCUGAGACAAACCAGCACUCGGAAUGCAAAACAGAUAAUCUUUGUUAGGAAGAUCAGGUGCCAGUCCAGCCUUUGCCCCCGCCCCUACAGUAGCAUCCCAGGUCCCCCAGACAUUGCAGAGUAAUAUAUUUCAGGAAGUACAAUUUAGUUUAGGAAACGUCUGUGUUGACAGGGGCCAAAUAAGAGCUGCCUGUUUGGAAAAGAGUGGGGGGGGGAUGUGGGGAUUUUCUGAAAACUUCAGAAGAGGAGGAACGAAUGUUGGGUGCGUUUGAUGCAUUGCGAUUUCAGAAAUUCCCAGGAAAGUUUUGGCCCUUAAAGGAAGUUGGAGAUGAUUAGUCAGUGGAAUGAGAUGAGAGGUGAGAAUGAUUUAGGGAGUGGCUUCUUGAAGCAGACCCUCCUGUCUGCCUAGUUUAGCAGCGCCACAAGAGAAGGGGUUGAAGAAGAGGCAAUUUGCCCAGAAGCCUGCUUCUGUGGAGACCUGCCUCUUAUGGAUGAGAUUGUCUUGUCUGAUUCUCAACUCCGCUAAAACCAGUUUGAACCUUUCUGCUCCCUAUUGAGCUUCCAAAGAUGCCCCAGUGAUUUGGGUUCCUCUCCCCCCCCCACAACACAAACUUAAAUUUCCUUUCCAGACAUUCUUUCUCUGCUUUUAAUACUUGAAGUAGCAGCAUGCUCUGCUCAUCCUGUGGUAGAGAAGAGGGGAUGGGAGGUGGCCUUGUUCAAAUUUGUCAAUAAAGUAUUUUUCUACUUUCCUA